ACCAGGGAAUCCCAGGAAGGGGCUGGUAGUAUCGCGUUGCUGCUGCAGCCUCGUCCGCUCUCCGGGAAGUUGAGGUGGAGCCUGAACGCACCGCUGAAUGAAGCGGAGGGUAGUUUGAACUCAGGUCGUAGCUGGAGUUACGGGUGAUGUUGAGGGGAGAAGAGGACCAGCCCGUCCCCGGGGAUCGGCCCAUCAGGGUGUCAGCCCCAGCCCGGCCGAGCAGCAGCUGACGGGAGAAGCCGCUCCGCAUCACUAACGCCCCGGAGCUCGGGACACGCUGUCCUUUGUGGUCGGACGAGGACAGAAUCUGGCAUUGCUCCUGUUCUUAUGCAGAAGCGAGGGGACUUGUUUCUGUGUUGCAUUGUGUUUGCGGCCCUUUUGACGCUCAGGUGCACGGCAUUGGCAUCGACGCGCACGGAGCCCUGGCAGCGCGUCAAGGAUGCUCCGGGGCGGAUCACCGCGGCGCGCACAGACGGCGACAGGACACCAGUCACAAGUGGAGCUCUCUUCUUAAAGACAUUAUCACUGAGAUAGAGGGGAUGGGAUCGCUUGAUGCGUGUGCUGGUUGAAUUGCUUUGACGUGACAGGACCGGAUCCGUGCGUGCUCGCCCCGUCGCUCCGCUGCGCGCCGGGACGCCGCUGCGCCGCCGCCGCGGCUCUCCUGCAGUCCGGGGGGAACGGGAGCCGGAGCUUCCCUGUGUGGAAACGCGUGUUUUCCUGAGGGGCCAAGGGACUGCUUCAGCCAGGGAAACCCCCCAACCCCCUAUAGGAGCCCGGCAGCUCUGCAUUCAGCUUCACCAUGGAUGAUUCAGGAAUAAUAAGGCGCAGGAGGCUUCAGAAGGACUUGCCCCUACCUCGCAAAAACAGCAGCUGUCGCACAAGCAACAGGAAGAGUCUGAUCCUGACGACCACGUCCCCCACGCUGCCCCGCCCUCACUCCCCUCUGCCCCUCCCCGGACACCUUGGAAGCAGCCCCCUGGACAGCCCGCGAAACUUCUCCCCCAGCAACCCAGCGCACUUCUCCUUCGCCUCCUCCAGAAGGACGGAUGGGAGGCGAUGGUCUUUAGCAUCUUUGCCAUCUUCUGGAUAUGGCACUAACACUCCCAGCUCAACAUCUUCCAGCUCCUCUCAGGAAAGACUGCACCAGCUGCCCUCCCAGCCCACCAUGGAUGAGCUGCACUUCUUAUCCAAGCACUUUGGCAGCAGCGAGAGCAUCACGGACGACGAUGGGGGCCGCAGCUCCCCCCACAUGCGCCCACGCUCCCGCAGUCUCAGCCCGGGACGCUCCUCCUCCUGCUAUGAUAAUGAGAUUGUCAUGAUGAACCAUGUGUACAAGGAGCGUUUUCCAAAGGCCACCGCGCAGAUGGAGGAGAGACUGGCCGAGUUCAUCCUGGGCUUCUCCCCGGAGAACGUCCUCCCGCUGGCUGACGGCGUCCUCAGCUUCAUCCACCACCAGAUAGCGGAGCUGUGCAGAGACUGCCUGGACAAGUCCCGCGACGGCCUCAUCACCUCCGUUUACUUCUACGAGCUGCAGGAGAACCUGGAGAAGCUGCUUCAGGACGCUUUUGAGCGCUCCGAAAGCUCUGAGGUCGCCUUCGUCACAGAGUUGGUGAAAAAGCUCCUCAUCAUCAUCUCCCGCCCCGCACGGCUCCUGGAGUGUCUGGAGUUUAACCCCGAGGAGUUUUAUCACCUGCUGGAGGCAGCGGAGGACCACGCCAAAGAGGGUCACCUGAUGAAGACGGACAUCCCUCGCUACAUCAUCAACCAGCUGGGACUCACCAGAGACCCCAUCGAAGACAUGGUGAACCUGGAUAGUUACGACAGCGAGGGACCAGUGACGCCUGAGACGGAUGACUCAACAGAGGGCAAGGUUAAAGCCAUGAAGCCACCGGGUGAAGCAGACUUCCAGACCAUCAAGCUGAUCAGUAACGGGGCGUACGGUGCUGUCUACUUGGUGCGGCAUCUGGAGACCCGGCAGCGCUUUGCCAUGAAGAAGAUUAACAAGCAAAACCUGAUCCUGAGGAAUCAGAUCCAGCAAGCCUUUGUGGAGAGAGACAUCCUCACCUUCGCAGAGAACCCCUUCGUCGUCUCCAUGUUCUGCUCCUUUGAAACCCGGCGGCACCUCUGCAUGGUCAUGGAAUACGUGGAAGGUGGGGACUGUGCCACGCUGCUGAAGAACAUCGGGGCUCUGCCCGUGGAAAUGGCACGCAUGUACUUUGCAGAGACAGUCCUCGCGCUGGAGUAUUUACACAACUACGGCAUCGUCCACCGUGACCUCAAGCCUGACAACCUCCUGAUUACCUCGAUGGGACACAUCAAGCUGACUGACUUUGGGCUGUCUAAGAUAGGUCUGAUGAGCCUCACCACCAACCUGUAUGAAGGACACAUAGAGAAGGAUACGCGGGAGUUUUUGGAUAAACAGGUGUGUGGAACCCCAGAGUACAUCGCCCCCGAGGUGAUCCUGCGUCAGGGCUAUGGGAAGCCGGUGGACUGGUGGGCCAUGGGCAUCAUCCUGUACGAGUUCCUGGUGGGCUGUGUGCCUUUCUUUGGAGACACUCCGGAGGAGUUGUUUGGACAAGUCAUUACAGAUGAUAUCGUUUGGCCUGAAGGGGAUGAGGCUCUUCCCGUUGAUGCGCAGCGCCUGAUAUCUUCCCUCCUCCAGACUAAUCCACUGGUACGCCUGGGCACAGGUGGUGCUUUUGAGGUGAAGCAGCACUCGUUCUUCACAGAGGUGGACUGGAACAGCCUGCUGAGACAGAAAGCAGAGUUCAUCCCUCAUCUGGAGUCAGAGGAAGACACCAGUUAUUUUGACACCCGCUCUGAGCGCUACCAUCACAUACAAUCAUACGACGAAGAAGACACCAACGAUGAUGAGCCCGUGGAGAUCCACCACUUCUCUUCCUGCUCUCCUCGCUUUAGCAAGGUGUACAGCAGCAUGGAGCAAUUGUCGCAACUGGAGCACAAGCCCCACACUGUGACCCUACGGGAGCACAAGGGCCCCAAGGAGGAUCGAGUGACCAAAAGAGAAAGCCUGGGAGGCGUCACCCUCAGAGACAAGAGCUGGAGGACCGGUUCCCCCGAGAUGAAGCGCCUGUCGUGCUCAGAGACGUAUUUCACCGAGAGUGAGUCUAGCCCGCCGUCCGGGGCCCGCCGACGCUUCUCCGCCCUGAUGGAUACGCACCGCUUGGCCUCCCCUCUGGAGCUGGACAGCGAGCUGCCCGUUCCAGCCAAACAGCCACCGGUGAAGACCAGGGGAACGUCCCUGGAAGGAGCCAUGGGGGUCAUCCCCUCUCACGGAGAUCUGAGAGCAUUCCUGAAAGAUGGGAAUGGCCUGGCAGCGGGAGAGAAGCAUUUGAGGCCGGCUGAUGCACCAUUGCCGCUACCGGCCAGUGCUACCAUCCAGUGCAUUCCCGAGUCGCAGGGGGCCCGCGGGGCCACCACAGACCUGGUGCUGCGAAGGGUCCGACACCAGCAGCUCUCAGCCGAGGGAGACAAACGUAGCUCACGGCCGGGAACCAAGGUUAUCAAAUCUGCAUCUGCGACUGCACUGUCGGUCAUCAUUCCAGCAGUGGAGCAGCACACUGCCUCCCCGCUACCGAGCCCCAUGUCUCCUCGCUCCCUCUCGUCCAACCCCUCCUCCCGGGACUCCUCCCCCAGCCGAGACUACUGUCCCGUGGUCAAUGUCCAGCGCUCUCCAAUCACCAUCCAUCGCUCGGGAAAGAAAUAUGGCUUCACGCUGCGAGCCAUCAGAGUCUACAUGGGAGACAGUGACGUCUACAGCGUGCACCACAUGGUCUGGCAUGUGGAGGAUGGAGGACCCGCCCAGGAGGCGGGACUUAGUGCUGGUGACCUCAUUACGCACGUAAACGGGGAGUCGGUCCAUGGCCUGGUUCAUACCGAGGUGGUGGAGCUCAUCCUGAAGAGUGGGAACAGGGUGACAGUUGCAACUACUCCAUUUGAGAACACCUCUAUAAAAGUCGGUCCUGCCCGCAAGUCAAGCUACAAAUCCAAGAUGGCCCGACGCAGCAAGAGAGCAGGAGUGAAGGAAGGGCAAGAUAAGAAGCGCAGCUCCCUGUUGAGGAAACUCACAAAGCAGUCCAACCUGCUCCACACCAGCCGGAGCCUCUCCUCCUUGAACCGCUCCUUGUCUUCUGGAGACAGUCUCCCAGGCUCGCCCACCCACGGCCUCUCCGCCCGCUCUCCCACGCAGACUUACCGCUCCACGCUGGAGUCAUCCUACCUGGGCACAUCAUCCCAGAGCAGCUCCCCGGCCUCCAGCACCCCCAACUCCCCGGCCACCAGCCACCACAUGAGGCCCAGCUCCCUGCACGGCCUGUCGCCCAAGCUCCACCGCCAGUACCGCUCGGCGCGCUGCAAAUCUGCAGGCAACAUCCCGCUGUCCCCUCUGGCUCACACUCCCUCCCCGACCACCUCCUCCCCUCCGCCCCUCAGCGGCCACACGGUCGGAAGCUCAAACACCACCCAGAUGUUUCCCGCCAAGCUGCACUCCUCUCCUCCCGUGUCCCGCCCUCGCCCCAAGAGCGCCGAGCCGCCCCGGUCCCCCCUACUGCAGCGGGUGCAGUCGGCGGAGAAGAUAGGAGGACCCAUCCUCCCCUCAUCCUCUUCAUCAUCAUCAUCUCCCUCGCCUCUGACAGGCGGGGUGUCAUUACGUAAGCAUAGCUUGGAGGUGACUCAUGGAGACUACAGACGGGAUUCUUUCCACUGUGAGCACAGUCUGCAGAGUUUGUUGGAGAUAGAGGGAGAGAACGGCCCCGCUCCCCCAUCUCCAUCCUCAUCCUCCUCCCCGUCUCCUCCUAUGGGGGGAGAGGUUGGAGGCUUGAAGGCCAUGAGGAGGUUGGGGAGGCAGGAGUCCCCUCUCAGUCGAGGCACACUCGUAACAGCAAAAGAGAAAGAUACCCAAACGGUGUCUGAGCUCACUGGGCCGCAAACUGAGAAGAUGGUUCCUGCAGCAGCUUCUGUGACCAGUGGUGAUGAAAAAAGGAUGAAGUCCGUCUCUACCGAGGUUGUAAAGAGUAAUAUAGGUGGAACCGCGGUGGAAAAAAAGUCAAGCGCCCCUCAAACGGAGACUAAAUCCAGUCCUGGGGGCAUAGCUCCGACUACAAGCAGCUCAAGUUCUGAGGCAGGAGUUUCCAAGAGUAAACCCAGUGAGAAAGUCUCAACACCAGGAACACCCAAGGGCCUGCAGCUGCAAGACACCAAGCAGCAGAGCACCCAAACAGACAAAGGACCUGCAACCAGAGCUCAAGAAAAGACUGAAGAGAAAGAAAAACCUGCUGUAGAUGUUGACAAAGGUAACUUGCGGAAAGCAUCAGCAGAGACGCCCAAGCCGUGUAAAGGCAAAGAGAUCUCAGAGAAAGGAGGCAUCAGUGGGGGCGAGAAAGCAGCUGAUGUGGCAAAGGUGAAAGGACCUGCCCCCCCUGUCCCAGUGCAAGCUCAACCCCACCCUGCAGCCAGGAAAGCAGUGGAGAAGCCAACCAGGGCCAAGGAGGAGAGGGCAUACCUGGAGGUCCUGGAGGAGAAUCCUGCAUCCCCAUUAUCAAAUGCUCCCUCCCCCUCCUCCAGCAAGUCGCGCGCCGUGUCUCCUGGUGACAAAGCCAGCUUCGUCACUCAGCUCACGAGCGUGGCCAAAACAGUGCUUGGGCCAAUGAAAGCGGGAUCACAAGAGGGAGGAAAGGCCAAAGACGCCUCCAAGUCAAGUGAGGAGAAGAAAGGAAGCGCUGCGGGAAAGGCAGAGGCUUCAUCUGGAGGCGUCCGCCGGGGCGCUCAGGGCACCGCUUCAUCCAGCACCGGGACUGCUCUCUCCGAUAAAGGAAACAGCCGCAGCUCAAAACACCAUUUAUGAUAAAAGUACUUCAGAAAUAGAGACUCUCCCAUGUAAUGCCUUUUACAGUAGCAUCAUACUGACAUAUCAUGACUUAAGAAAACUGAAUGCGGGGCAGACAUAAAUGUCGAGAAAAAAACAACGAAGAAAAAAAACACCAAAUAGAUAAUAUGUAGACAAUAUGUGAACAAAGAUACAUCUGCUGUUGGAACAUGUGUGCACAUGAUGUCAUAAUGUAGAUCUGCGUAUGUUCAUCACAAUAUGCUGUGUAUAUGUAAAAACAAAUGCAUAUGUCUUAAUGCAUGUCACCAGUGGAUACUGAAAGAAUAUACAGAUGUAAGACGAAAAAAAUAUACAGCAAACAUUGAGAUAGAGAACACUGUGAACAACCUUUCAGCUUAACACCACAGGUAACUUUUCACUGUGGGUAAACAGUUGGGAUUCUGUUGGAAGCGGGCAGUACUCAUGUUUCAGUGCCAUCACGUUGUUCAGCGCACACAGAACUAUAUUUCCUUGCCAUUCAGUUACUUAAACAUACUAAAUAAAAUCGUCAUGAGCCAUGCACUGAAGAAAGAAAAACAAGAAACAAACUGGAAACUGGCCCAAGAAACCAAAAAUGUUUGCGGUGACGGAGCUGGUGGGGGGAAGAGGGGUCCGAUGGUUUGCUUUAGAUCUGCUUAAGGGCUGACUUUCAAUGGGAUCUAAUUUUGGGUGGCAUCGAUUAGAUAAACUUGCACAGGGACACUAUGCAAUGUGUUGAUGACACGACUCUUUUUUUUUCUUUUUCUUUGUGUGUGUUCCCAGUUACUGAGUUUACAUUGUGCUUUAGAUUAGAAGAAAACAGUGGAUGAAAAAGUUGCAAUAAGCCAAGCAAACAUGUUUGUUUGUUCUUUUUUAAGUUAUCUUGAACAUAGUGAAAUGUGCAAUCGUAUAUUUUAGGCCAUCUUGUGAAUAUUUAGGUGUGCGUAGAGUGUUGCUAAAGAGGCGGAGUGGGUCAAGAAAGUAAAAGAAGAGUAAUGAAGUAGCUAUCUAGAGGAGAUUAUGCUCUUUCGUUUGCUUUUUAAAUGCAGAUGUGUAGUUUAUUGUAUAGUGUUAAGUGUGAAGGAAAGUGCCAGUGAUUUCAGUUGGGGAGUUUGUGAAGUUGUUUUAUUUUGUUUGUUUUGUUCAUAAAUGUAAAACAAUAUGCAAUCCAUGAGUGCCCAGUUGUAUAAAACUGAGCAUCCUUGUCAGUGAAACCAUAGUAGGCUACGCGAGUAGAUUUGUUGAGACUAUCUCUGUGGUGAAGUCUUGUUCAUUGUGGGGUGAAAUGUAGUUUUGGACACCAGUCAACAGACUUAUUGUAGACCGCCACCUUGUGGGCAAUAUGGCAUGACACCACAAGUUGUGGAGUUUCUGAGAAGUCCCAUAUCCCUUGUCUGUGGAUUUUUCCAACACAUUUAAAAUAACAAUACAUAAUUUGUCUGAAGAUGGACAUAUUUACAUCAGUUUCUUUUUUUUUUUUUCAAGUGUUUGCUCUGUCACUUAUGAUGCAGUGGAUUACACAGACAUGAACGUGCAAUGUUCAGACAUUUAACACUACUGUCCCUGUGUGUUAUGUAACAAAAAAUGCACUUUAUGUUGUGUCAAACAUUUUUACGUAAAUAUCUUGUGUAUUUCUUUCCUAUUUGUUAUAUUUAUUGAAGCAUUUCAUCAAUUUAAAAUUCUGCUGUGCAAUUUACAAUAGUCAUUUUAUAUGUCUGAAUUCUGCAUCUAGAUAAAUCUGUUGUCACUAUCCCGGUUUUUGUUUGUCCUUCACAAGUCUGAAGAUCUUGCUGUUGUGUCCGUCUGUGUUGAAGAGUUUGAAUGUUUUUUUUCUUCUUCUUUUUUUACUACAACGAUAUCUGACUGUUGUUGUGCGUUACAUUGCUUCAUAUCUACCAGCCACUGUUGUGAAGAACCAACGUGAAAAAAGGCCAACAGAGAAGAAAUGUAAUAAAGUGA